GCAUCAUGUAUUUUACUGCUCAUCAGUACUCGUACAAGUAAUCAUUUGCAAGUUUUCGCGAUGUACCGAGAAAAGAACAACUGAGUCUGAUAUCACUAAACUUUGACGCUUAAAAUGCCGAUUACUAUGUAGAAGUACAUGUUAUGUUAUUCCCGUUUCCUUGUUGGAAAUGUUUUGCUUCAAAUGUAUUCGUCUCGAUUCAAUUCGAUUUUGUCUUGCACUGCUGUUUUGCAAGACUCAGUAGGAUGGUUGAGUUCAGUCAAACCAAGUUGUUUCUUCGCCUCGUCUUCGAUCCGUAGCAUUCGAUUCSAACAGUGUUUUCAUCGAAAACUAUUAAUCUAAAAACCAAACUUUUGCCGCUUGCUCAUUUGUAAGAUUUCCGCAUCGCUAAUUCCACCAAGGUCCCCAAUACCUCCUAUUCCGCCGAUAGCAGCACCAAGCGAAAUACCAUUCCCAUUGGUGUUUCUAGAAUCUUCUCCGAUAUUACCACCGAGACCGUUGUUGCUACUAAACGCGUCAGUAUUUCCUAUCGACGAAAGAAGCCGCUUGGGUUCGAUGUCGCCAGAUGCAUUAGAAUGUUGCAACAUGAGUUGCCGGAUCCGAAGGUUAUCGGGCACAUCGGAAUAUUGUGCAUUUAAGUUAAUUCCGUUAAUGCUCAUACCGGAUGAAACUCCCAUACCUCCAGCAGACCCACCACCCAUCCUACCAUUGAGUGCCAUGUUGAAUCCUCCCAUYCCAACACCUCCUCCAACUCCGAGGCGUUCAAUUGCUUGUUGUUGGCGCAUCAUCUUUUGCAUCUCAAGCGCGUUCACCUGGCGCCUCGCUAAUAAGUCUGCAUCGGACAAUUUGGUGAGUUUUGUCGCCGAGGCUGAGAUUCUAGAAGAUUGGAACAAAUCACCAUCCAAGCCACCUCCAUGGCCGCCCAUCAUAUCCUGACGCAUAGACAUGGGAAUUCCCCCUCCAAGAGCUGCAGCUCCAAAAAGGGCGGACGACGAUGAGGCUGAGCCGCUUGCCCUCAAUCGCUUCAUUUCAUUAAUUUUUACAAUUUGACCAAUUAUUUCUCGAAAGUGACGGUUCUGAAACUUGAUGGCGUCAUUCGAAAGCCACAGGCGUGCUCGUUCCGCUUCCAAGUUCUUAAUUUGGGAUCGCUCUCGUUCUCUUGUCCGUUGUGAAUUGAUGCGGUUGCGGGCCUUUUUGACWUCUUCCCACUCGAGAGAUUUGGAUGAGGAGGUUGCGGUAGUAUUGGAUGAAUUCAUUUUGGUGGUGCCUUUGAUUUCCUGAGACACCUUGGCUUUUGUAGUCUUCACUUCAGUAGCGUCGACUGACGAAUGUUCAGAUCCAGAUUCUGUUUGCAACAUUUCUGUCUUGUAAAAAGCAGAGAUUCAAUAUGGUUAGUUUUUCGUGUGUUGAUUCGAACUUUUUUGUGCUGUUUUGGUCUCAAAAAAAAAUUGUUGUACCGGCAGAAAAAUGAAGUAAAUGUACAACGAUGAGAGAACUGCAAAGAACCUCUCAUGAGUUCUCGAGAGACAAAAAAUUGUGAUGAGAUCAGAGACCCACAUCAUAAUUACGGUGUGGGGACUAGAUUCGCUCGUGUGGGGGGGGUAGGAAUGUACCACGUUUUCUAUGGUAAUCUUAUAUGUCAGUCAAAUCUAGUCCAAUCCAAAACACUGGUUUCAAAACCUUAAUAAAAAAUCAUACGUAGA